AUGUAUCCCUCUCUCCGCCGCCCAAUCACCUCCUCCUCUUCUCGUUGCGCCGCCGCAACCCGUCCAUACGCGCGCAACCGCCCCUCCAUCGCCGACUACGAUCCCCAAAAAGUCUGGCCGCCACGCCUGCGGUCCGCCCAAGAAACACACUACCGCUCGCCGCCGUGGACCAAGCAGAAGCUUCCACGCGACCUCAUCGAGAAGAUUGACGAGCAGCGCCGCAAGAUCCAGGGUGGCAUGAAGAAGCGCGUCCCUGGGCUUGAACUCCUCCCCGACAUCGCACCCCAGAACGAGAUCGACAAGGCCAAACGUGCCCUCAACAUGGAUACACAGAACAACAAAGCUGUCUCAAAUAGAGCCCAGCACCUGCAGAGGCAGCGCGAGGAAACGGCAAAGACCUCGAAAGGCGACAACCGGCCUAGACAGCCGCCAAGCGCCGAGUCGGGUGGUGUGCCUGAGCCGACGGACCAGUAUCUCCAGCAGGCAUAUGGCCCGCCCCGUCCUAUCGCUACGCCCAAGAAGAUCCUCGUCAUUAUGGAUCUCAAUGGAACGCUGUUGUACCGCCCAAACAAGAAGCAGCCGUUUACAUUCCAAGAAAGACCGCAUGCGAAACGCUUCCUUCGAUACUGCAUAGACACAUUUGCCGUCGCCAUAUGGUCGUCGGCUCGGCCGAUAAACGUGCACAAGAUGGUUGAGCGUCUGCUUGCGCCAGAUCUGCGCACUCGCUGCGUCGUCAUCUGGGGCCGAGACAAGUUUGGGCUGAGUGCCGAAGACUACGAUGGCAGGACGCAGUGCUACAAGCGCCUGACCAAGAUAUGGGCCAACCCGGCCGUCAUCGAAUCGCACCCUGAGAUAGACUACGGCAUGACAUGGGACCAAACAAACACAAUCCUGGUCGAUGACUCGAAAGAAAAGGCUAGGAGUGAGCCGUUCAAUCUCUUACAGAUUCCCGAGUUCUCAGGCGUCAUGAAUGAGCCAACGGAUGUCCUGCCGCAAGUACACGAUUACCUCAACACGCUAUGUCACCAGUCAGACAUCAGUCGAUACGUUAGAGAGAGCCCGUUUGUGCUAAAUACAAACUACCAAAUAUACCCCCAGCAACAACAAAACUAG